AUGGACAUGGUCGACUACUUUACGCGCGACACGCACCGCCACGAGCUCCUCCUUCCGUUCCUCGAGAUCAAGCGCCUCGGUCAUUUUGACGUGAUGGCCAACGUCCGCGGCGGUGGCCUCAGCGGCCAGGCCGGCGCCGUGCGCCACGGCAUCAGUCGCGCGCUGGAAAAGUAUAACCCGGACUACCGCGUGCCGCUCAAGAAGGCUGGCUUCAUGACGCGUGACCCGAGAAUGGUCGAACGCAAGAAGCCCGGUCAGAAGAAGGCGCGCAAGCAAUUUCAGUGGGUUAAGAGAUAG